AUGGCAAGGCUCCACGGAGGUCCUAUCAACGAUACAGGCAUCGCGCGAUCCCCCGGCCACGAGCGAACUCACAAUUAUCGGUCAAAGCUUCCCCCGAACGCACCGGAAGUCCUCGUCCAGAACACCAUAGAUGUAUCUGAUCCGUCAAAAGUACUAGCGCGGUAUCGCGAUGAUCGAAGACGGAAUUUCAACGGCUUAGUGCGCAGAUACAAAGCUCAACUACUCCACGGCUGCAACGACCCCGGAUGCCAAACCUCUACAUGCGCCAGUCAUCGCCGAAGAGUCAGUGAAGGCCCCUAUCGUAGAUACACGGAAUUAAGCGCAAGGACUCUGGCCUGUUAUCUCGCCAGCUUGGACAAUGCGGAGACCGGUUUAUGUCUGAAUGCGCCCAAGGCAGCGCCCCAGUUGACUGCGGAAGACUACCAUCGGAUUUCUCUCAGGCGAACUCGUACACUCGAAGCGCAAACGGCAGCGGCUAGGAGGGCAUUACAAUCAAAGCACAAAGCCCAAGGACUGUCCGGUGACGGAUCCAAUCGUGUGCAGACCGAAACGAACACGUCAAACGCGAAAGAAAGGAGCUCCCUUUCCAAAGUUCCUAUCGGCACUAGCUAUAUUCGAGACCUUGAUGAGGCCGCCGAGCAGCAAUUAAAAGACCCGAAGUCUUUCACACAGAAUCUCUUUGAUACAAUAUCCCUACGUAUGAUCGAAUGGCUUCCCCUACGUCGCGUGCCAGAUACCUCGGAACCGCAGCGCAAUCCGCUGCCGGUGGAAGUUGGAGAUGAGUCUACUGCUCAAGACCUUCAACCUCAUGACAACCGCCCACCGCGCAAGCAUUACGAAGCCCCAGAGGUUCCUACAGUUGAAGGCCAGCCCCGCUCUCAACCGCAUACCCCUUCAUCGCGCACAUCGGGGUCUCAGCCAUCUGCGGUUGAGCUGAACUCCCAGAACAAGCACGUUAAACGACUAUCAAUUUCUGACGCUGAUCACUGGCGUCAAAGUCCACCAUCGUUCCUUGAUGAUAAAAGAAAGCCAGAAUUCAACAAAAGGCUGCCUCCUACCGAAGAGUUUGCCAGCUUGACCUCACCUCCGGCAUUAAAACAUCGCCCCCAAAAACACCGUGGGAGAAAUGCGGACCCCGAUUUAACCCCGAAAGAGCGACGGAAGAGUCAACGACGUGUCUCCUGGGACAGCCAGAAGCUGCUUGAGGAAAUAUACCCUGUCAAGGGCUCGAUAAGCACGGGACUGCCGUCCCCUCCCUCUCUCGACGCUCCACUCCCAAGGCAACUUAACACAGAGCAGCCGUUUGUCGAGGACGCUCCAGACACCGUUUCCCUAGCCCAAACAGUCACCCACCUCACUCCUGAGAUCAUUGAUGGUCUCUCACAAGUUAUGAUCGGAUCUUCUGACGGUGCCGAGAGCUGGAAGGAAGAGCUCGAUCGUAUUCAAUCCGCUGGCAGCUUUGAACAGCCGGAUUGGAGUAUUGCAACUAUACGUCAGCGCGAAGCAUUCCCAUUCGUUGCUCAAAGUGCAUUUUACGUAUUCAGCAGCCCCAGUCAGAUACUACGCUCCUUUAGUCGUGAAUCAAGCGAUAAAAUUGGAGCCACCUUCAGCCGUCUCGAUGUUUCUUGUUUGCGCGAGUCACUGCAUCGCCUGUUCGCUAUUUGCCCGUGGGACAUUGCGCUUCAUAGCUUGUGGAGCGCUCUGGAUAGGCUUUUUAUUCCUCCACAAGGAUUCACCUCCACCGGCAGACCCUCCCGUCGAUCCUCUCGAAGUUCGACACUCACGAGCCAUGUGACCCCGCCGAUUAUUCCCCAGCGAACAUCCGAGUCUGCCAGUGACCACCCGCUGUCUGAUUCAGAAGUGGCCUACAUUGCUACUAUAGCGCUGUUCACUCUGAUCAGCUAUGUGCCUAACAUUGACUCGGAGACGUGGCGAACGGUGGUUCAGAUGCGGGCCGCCGGGUCUGUCGCUUCACUGUCGGACAUGCGCAAGCUAUCUCCGCAGAAUGCCCAGCAAGCCACCGAAGUGACGGACCGAUUUGAGCAUGAGUUAGGUCUUCGCCUCAUCAACCGACUCGUACAGGCUCUCACUGCACGACUGGCAUACCAUGAAAUUUCCAAGGCGUGCCAUGUGUACAGCCCCGAUCUACCAAAGCAAAACAGUCUCAACGUACUAGACCGCGUUGUGGACUAUCUAAGUGAGCAUCACGUCUCUCUUGAUUCUCGCGAUGAGUCCGCCAGGUCAAUCAACACAGCCUCUCUCAUUGUUGAGUGGCUUCGGACCCUUUUCUUGCGUGAAUGGAAUGGCGACCCGGAAAUAGCUCGCAGCAGUCCAGCCGCUGGCGCCGUCCAAAUUCUAGCGUCACUGUACAAGGAACGAAGCCGGUUGGGUAUUUCACCGGAAGACUUUCAUACUCCUCUUCUCUCAUUUCGGCUGGACCCUAUGGAUAUGCCUGUCGCCUGGGCUGGAGCCUUACCGAACAACCGAACAAUACAUCUGCUAUCAUACCCCUUCCUCUUCCCUCCAUCCGCUCUCGUCGCCUACUUCCGCGCUCUGAACCAUUCUGCUAUGGCCAAAUAUUUUGACGCUGCCUCGACCACCGCCCGACAUGUCAACCAGACUGCCAUUGGCCAUAUUCCGAUCUUCGAUGGCCCUCGGCUCCUUAGUCGAAUGAGCACAUCCAUGAGAACUUAUCUUGUUAUCGUCGUCCGUAGAGACAAUAUCCUCGAGGAUGCUUUGAGCCAAUUAUGGCGACGUGAGAAAAGAGAAUUGAUGCGCCCGUUAAAGGUCCAGAUGGGCAUGGACGAAGGCGAAGAAGGGAUUGAUCAUGGGGGUGUUCAACAGGAAUUCUUUCGCAUACUCAUGGGUCAAGCUUUGGAUCCCUCGUAUGGUAUGUUCACGGUUGAUCAGCGACAUCGCAUGUCCUGGUUUAGACCUUGCUCGUUGGAACCUCUUUACAAGUUCGAACUUAUUGGUCUGCUGAUGUCUAUCGCGAUCUACAACGGUGUGACACUACCCGUGAGCUUUCCUAUUGCUUUCUACCGCAAGCUACUGGGGCUGAAGGUGAAGCAUUUGAAACAUAUUCGAGAUGGGUGGCCGGAGCUUAGCCAAGGUCUUGACUCACUUUUGACAUGGACCGAUGGUGAUGUUGGUGAUAUAUUCACCCGAACCUAUGAAUUCAGCUUUGAGUCAUAUGGCUUUGUUGAGACAGUCGAUAUGCAAAAGGUUGGUCGUAAUACGGCAUGGCCUCGUUCUGGCAAGGUCGCUACUCCGCCUCCUAUGGCUGGGUCCAGUGCCUGGAUGGAUGUGCCAAGCUACUGCAAUCCUGUGACAGGCCAAGAGGCUGAGACCAGCGACAUCGCAAUUCCCGAUUCCACUCUCUACAAGGCCGCGGAGUCUAAAGUUAUGCCACCCCAGUCCCUUCCUUCCCCUAACAAAGAAGCCACCACGACCCAUCAACCGACACCAACCGAAGAAGCUGCUCUUGUGACCAACCAAAAUCGGAACCAAUUUGUCAAAGACUACAUCUUCUGGCUCACCGACAAAUCCAUCCGACCGCAGUUUGAAGCCUUCCAGAGGGGAUUCAAUGCUUGCCUGGACCGGUCGGCCCUCUCUAUCUUCUCGCCGGAGGCACUCAAAACUGUGGUGGAGGGUAUUCAGUCCAUUGACAUGAAGGAGCUCGAAAUUUAUGCUCAGUAUGAGGGUGGAUAUAGUCCUCGUCACCGUCUCAUCAGAGACUUCUGGAGUAUUGUCCAAGAAUAUCCCGAGGAGAAAAAAGCCCAGUUACUCAAGUUCGUCACUUCUAGUGACCGAGUUCCUGUUAACGGGGUCUCGAGUAUCAUGUUUUUCAUACAGAAGAACGGCGUUGGAGAUUUGCGUCUUCCUACUAGCCUGACGUGCUUCGGACGUUUGCUUCUGCCCGAGUACUCGUCAAAGGAGGUUCUGGCAGAGAAGCUCGACAAAGCUCUCGAAAAUGCCGAAGGAUUCGGCUUCGGAUAG